ACGACAUUUAAAUUCCAGCACAAAUUUCUGCAUCUCACGCCACAAAACACACAUUAACCCGCACAAGCAAAAUUUCUCGACUUUCGGGGCCUCAAAUCUUGGGCUUUCUUCUCAAAAUUUUUGAUCUCUUCCAUUGAACAAGUUCAAUCGAAGAGACGGAAGAACAAUAUCGAAAAGUUGUUGUAUAGUUGCGAGUUAGAAACGUUGGGGGAUUUGUUGUGUGAAUUUUACGAAAUUUUGAGUUUUUCAUUAUAUUGUUGUAUUCAAUGACGGAAAUUGGAGCGCAUAAAUGGAGGAUUAUGCGAUUUGUUAUGAUGAUGUUGUUGAACUUUGUGUUAGCUUCGAUGUUCGCUUCGGCGGAAAGAAGCGCAAUGAUAGAAGACGAAACGUCAGUUGCAGGUUAUGGUUAUGGUGAUGGCGAUGAGUCGAAAACAGGGUAUUUAAUGAAGUUGGUGAACUCUUUGUUUCAAACAGAUGGAUCGGGUUAUCAUCAUGUUUGGCCUGAAAUGGAACUUGGGUGGAGAAUUGUUCUUGGUAGCUUCAUUGGAUUUUGCGGAGCAGCAUUUGGGAGUGUAGGUGGAGUUGGAGGCGGUGGUAUAUUUGUGCCGAUGCUUACCUUAAUCAUUGGUUUUGAUGCAAAAUCUGCUACUGCUAUUUCAAAAUGUAUGAUCAUGGGUGCUGCAGCCUCAACUGUUUUCUACAAUCUUAAGCUAAGGCAUCCAACACUUGAUAUGCCCAUCAUUGACUAUGACUUGGCACUGCUUAUCCAACCAAUGUUGAUGCUAGGAAUUAGUAUUGGAGUUUCGUUCAAUGUCAUCUUUGCCGAUUGGAUGGUCACAGUUCUGCUAAUUAUCCUUUUCAUAGGCACAUCAACCAAAGCCUUCUGCAGAGGUGUUGAAACAUGGAAAAAAGAAACAAUCAUGAAAAAGGAGGCUGCUAAGCGUUUGGAGACCAAUGGAGAUGGUGCUGAAGCAGAAUACAAACUUCUUCCUGGUGGUCCUAGCAGUGGAACUAAAACCAAACCUGAACAAUCAUUGAAAGAAGAGGUCAGCAUCCUUGAGAAUGUUUGUUGGAAAGAACUUGGGCUUCUUGUUUUUGUUUGGGUUGCAUUCCUUGCUCUGCAGAUUGGGAAGAAUUAUACACCUACGUGUUCACUAUGGUAUUGGGUGCUCAACUUAUCUCAGGUUCCAAUUUCUUUCGGGGUAUCCGGGUAUGAGGCAGUUUGCCUAUAUAAGGGAUCCAGAAUUAUAUCAUCGAAGGGAGAUUCAUCCACCAACCUUGGUGUAGGACAAUUAGUUUUGUAUUGCUCAUGUGGCAUUCUAGCUGGUAUGGUUGGAGGAUUACUUGGUUUAGGUGGAGGUUUCAUCAUGGGUCCCCUCUUUUUGGAGCUUGGAGUACCUCCCCAGGUUUCAAGUGCCACAGCCACGUUCGCAAUGACUUUCUCGUCAUCUAUGUCUGUUGUAGAAUAUUACCUUCUAAAGCGGUUCCCAGUUCCUUAUGCCCUUUUCUUUCUUAUUGUGGCGACAAUUGCUGCUUUCGUCGGGCAACAUGUCGUGAGAAAGCUGAUUAUGAUUCUAGGACGGGCGUCACUGAUCAUAUUCAUCCUCGCCUUCACUAUAUUUGUUAGCGCAAUAUCAUUAGGUGGAGUUGGAAUUUCAAACAUGAUCGGGAAAUUUGAGCGACAUGAAUACAUGGGAUUCGAGGACUUAUGCAAGUAUGACCUCAAAAAUUAGUUUAGAUUUAAAAAAGGGCAGUGGAAUGAUGGUCCUGAGGCCACAUCCAGAUAUUUGAUUGCUUAUCUUUGGGGUAUGGAUGUUGAAGAUGGCUGCUGGGAUUCAGAUGUGAAUACACUGAUGAUGAUGAUGAUGAUUGUUGCACUUUGUUACAGACUUCCUUUUAUGCAAGUGAAAGCUUUAUUUUAGUAACUCUGUUCAUAAUUUCAUUUGUCUGUAAUUUAACUCUUGUUUCAAGUUGAUUCGGAUUUCGUCGUUAGAAAUAAAAGAGUGGCAAAUUUGCGGGUUUUAUUUUCA